AAAUUGGUAUUUGGAUUAGCGCUGCAAAGUUUAAAAAUAGAAUAUAAAAAAUAAUGACGCGAAGCGAUCGAGCGCUGUAACAUCGCCGCGGGCGCCAUUCUGCGCGAGCCUUAAAACUUUUACUUGUCGACUUUCAGCUUCAGCUUCCUUCCGGAGCGGCUUGCGCGCGCGCUCCGCCAGUCCGCGCCCGACCGCCGGAGCGAACGCACGUACCGCUCCUCGCGAGUGCAGCCCCCGACGGUGCAUGUGCCCUAGUGAACCUCAGUGCCCUGAAGUGGAGACUCGCAGUGCGACCGCUGGGCCUAUCGGCCCCGGCGGCAUGGAAUCCCCCCAGAUGUACGACGCAGCCGCGGCACCGCCACCGCCGCCGCAGCCAGACCUAAAAAAGGCGGCAGAGGAUAAAAGGACACCUUUCCCACCCCCGGACUUGGACGAGCUCAAUGGACAGGAGAUCAGCUUGGAUUUACAACACCUCAUCGAGGACCAGUUCCGAGGGGAGGAGACCAUGGCUCUCUUCCAGGAAAUACUCCCCGGAGGACGGUCGCCACAGCAGAGGCCGUUCGCGCGAACGACCCUUGCGUAUAUGCCCCAACCCGUCCACUCUGGGGCAUCGUACGCGAACCCGGUGCCUGCUAACUCUCACGAACAAGCGCCUCCGAUAAAGGAGGAACCCCCUGAACCGCAUGAUUUCAGGCGAGCAGUGACAUGUGCGCAAUACACAGGCCAGUACAACGCACAGCCGCCAGUUGGAGUGAGUGGCCCUUAUGGAGGUGGUUUCACACCACUGCCUCCAUUGGGAGCUCCUUUGCUCCCGCCUCUGUUAAAACACAAGCAGCCCCCGUCGAGACGAUCGUCCGGCAAAGUGAUAGACAAAGGUACGGACGAGUACCGAAGGAGGAGGGAGCGUAACAACAUAGCCGUACGUAAAUCACGCGAAAAAGCAAAAGUACGUUCUAGGGAAGUCGAGGAAAAGGUAAAAACGUUACUCCGUGAGAAAGAGGCAUUACUAAAGAGGCUGGAGGCGGUCACGGGGGAGUUGAGCCUUCACAAGCAGAUGUACGUUCACCUGAUCAACUUGAAUCAUCCAGAGAUCACUGAACUAUGCCGGUCGAUGUUGCAGCUAGGAGCUCCUCACUCGUCGGAUCACACGCUCUGACCGUAGAUCGUGACAUCGUCAAAUGACAGAAUGGACACCCGUGUGAUAUCGUGCAUUAGAUAAAAAAAAUUAAGUGACGCCUCUUCUUAAUGUAAGCUUAGGUAGCAAAAUUACUUUGUGAUUUAUAUUGUUUACUUUUAUAUACAUAUACAUAAUAAGUAAGGUUUUUUUGUAAAAGAUUUUGACAGAUGAAAGCGUUGAACGGUUAAAGAUGUGAUCUCAAACAAAGCCGUGACACUUUAUAAUCUGUUCUCUAUGCAAAAAUAAUUCAAAUACAGCGUCAUUUGACUUAAAUAACCUAAAGAAUAAUGUUUUAAAAUAUACAAAUAAUAAUUUAUUUACUUGAUUUUUUUUCAAUUUCUGGCUUACUUUAGGUUGUUUAAAUGUCAUUUUGACAUUAACGACGUAUACUUUAUUUUUAUAAAUGGUUGAAAAUGUAAACUUAGGCCAUAGAUAAAACCAGCACUGCCAUUUGAAGUCUCGAAGGUUAUUUUUAAUUUGAAAUAAUUAAUAUUUAAAAUCUAUUAUAGUUUUAAUUGUGAUUGCUCCAUUCAACUUCAUUUCAUAUUAUAAUAUCAUGAUAGGUGUCGCUAGGAUCGCUCAAAUGUAUUUGGCUUGUUUCUUAAAUUACAAACACAUUUACAGAAAUAAAACUUAUUGUGUUUCUUAAAAUGUCAUUAGAUUUCCUUUCACUAUCAUUAAUCUACUUAAAACCUUUUGAUUUUAUUGUAAAAUAUAGAAUAAGAUUAUAAUGUAAUUAUUAUGUAAAUUGGUUGUAUAUAAUUUUUGGAUCAGCGAAAUGAAUAAAAGUCUGUCAUAUUUAGUUAUUUUUUCACACUAAAAAUUUUUUAAAUAAAGAUGUAUGUCAUGAACAUAAGCAAACUAAAUAUUAAAAAAAAAAUUACGUGUAUUGGUAAAAUAAAAAAAAAUACAAUUUAGAUUGUCAACAAAAUUUGUACCUCUUUUGUGUUUUAACUUAUAAUAAAAAAUAAAAAAACAUACAAAUAUUGAUUCCACUGAGCAAUGAUAUAAACAGACUAUUCAUUAUAAGUGUAAAUAAAAAGUAAAUCUUAACAGAUAAGGUAAAAAAUGGGAUAUUAUUAAAUAUUAUUAUUAUUUUUUUGUUAAUUCUAAAAAAAGUUUAUUCCUAAAGUACCUUUCAUUUUGAUGUUAUAUUAGGUUUAAGGAUAAAAACACGGUCUAAUGGGCACUGCCGGUUGGGAAGUACAAGGAGGGUCUAUAUUAAACAGUUUUGUUACUUAAUCGUAAAUGGCACAAUCACGGGUUUAAGGCUGCUAUGGAUUUGACAAUCCUAAAAAAUAUAAUUGAUUGCUAAUUCUAAUUAUGGCUAUUUUUGUAUUGUAUUUAUUGUCAUAAUGAUUAGAUUUGGCAGUCAGUGGAAACGGGUCAUGAAACAUAUAGUUACCAUAUGGAUCCUGCAAUGAAAUAGCUAAGGAAUAUAUCCACAUACUAAUAUUUUACGGGAUCGCUUUAAAAAAAUACUAUGACAUAUAAUUAUGAUGUCUUUCGCAUCACUUCAAAUAUUAAAUAAUCCAAGUUAUCUUAUGACAUGGUUAAUACAACUAUUAAAAUAAGAAACAAAUAUCUUAUUAAUGUUAAAAAUAUAAUGGCAUUUACGAUGUUUUGAACUUCGUCAGUGUCAUGUUAAUUAUUCAGUUAGUAUGUGGAUAUUUUAUGAUAUAUUAAUAUAGUUAUAUAAUUGUAUAAUCACUUUACUCCGUCCCGUUUUGAUAUAUAGUUAAGAGAACAUAUACGAAGAUAUAAUUAUAUAUUUUCUAAUUAAAAUAUAUACAAUCUAAGUCUAUGAAUAGUUUUGAUCGUGUUUUUAUUAUAAUGAAUUGUAUAUUUGGAUUAGUUUUAAGUGAAAACUAAACUUAAAGUAAUGCAGACGUUAGACAAGACAGUCUUAAGACGUAAAUCGAAGUACUUGACUUCUUAGACCUGAAUAUCUAUCAAAUAAUAAGGCUUGAUGCACUUAUUUGCAACUUUCUACUAACCAAGAUUCAAAGAACUACUAUAGAAGUCACACUAAAAUCGAUGUGAUCAUGAGUUUGACAAAGACAAAAUGUGACUUUAGUCUUGUCAGAUGUAAGAUUAGACAAGUUAGUCAGAUAUCUGUCUUGUCUAGUGUCUGCGCUGGCCCAUAAUGAAAGGCGUAUCGAAACCUAGUUUCAAAUCCUUCAAAUAUUUUCUUUUUUAUUUAAUUUUAAAAUGUUGAUUUUUAUAUAUAUUUAAAAAAAAAUACUUAUCCUGUAUUCCGAAUGGUGCUACUAACUCCGUUUCUUUUCAGAACCAAAGACUUUGUUAUUCUUUCCUUUUUUAUGUUUGCUUUUAAUCCUUUCUAAAAAAGAAAGCUUUGUUUUUCGAAAAUACUGUUAUUCUGAAAGUACGUAUCAAUUUUGUAGGUGCGAAUUAUAUAAAUAAAUACUUAU